AUGGACUACACCGAACUGGAAAUCGCGUGUCUGGCGGUUCAGCGAGCCGCAAUUCUAACCAAGAAGCUUAUCCAAGCCGUCGACAAGGGUUCGUUCGACAAGCAAGACGACACCCCUGUCACCAUCAGCGACUUCGGUGCUCAGAGCCUGAUCAUUGCUGCGAUUCACCAUCAUUUCCCGGACGAUGACAUCGUCGGUGAGGAAGACUCCAAGACUCUGCGUGCGGAACCAGAGCUGCUCGAGCGCACCUGGGAACUGGUCUCAUCUACCCGUCUGGAAGACGAGGAGAGCGAAAAACUGCUCACUGCACCGCGCUCCAAAGACGAAAUGCUCAGCCUGAUUGAUUUAGGCGCGCAGGGAAGCUGUAAGCCUAAAGGCCGGACCUGGGUUCUGGACCCGGUCGACGGUACGGCAACCUUUAUGCGCGGUCAGCAGUACGCUGUCUGUCUGGGUCUUGUGGAGGACGGCAAGCAGAUCAUUGGGGUUACGGGCUGCCCGAACCUCAACCUCGAAUCUGGGUGCAUUCAUGAGGACCUUGCAGACCGAGCAGGGCGCGGUGUGAUGGUUUUCGCUGUUGCUGGGGAAGGUGUGUGGACGAGGCCGAUGGGCGGCGGAACUCUAUUGCCUGCGACCAAGGUUCAGCCGAUAGCUCAGAUCACAGAGCCCAAGGAUAUUCAGUUUGUCGACUGUAAGUCGGCUACAUCGUCGGACUAUGACCUGAAUGCGCGUCUUGCACAGAAUUUGGGCGCUCCGUGGCCGCCCAGGACGGAUCUCUGGUCUGCGCAGCUACGGUACAUCGCCAUCGCUGUUGGCGGAUGCAACGUGCUUAUCAAGAUCCCACGCAAGUCGUCUUAUCGCUCUAAAGUCUGGGAUCACGUCGGCGGUAUGUUGAUUGUAGAGGAGCUGGGGCUGACGGUGAGCGACUUGGAAGGCAAGCCUGUUGACCUCACUCUGGGAAGAACACUUUCGGGUUGCGAAGGGAUGAUUAUUGCGCCUACCUCGAUCCACGGCCGGCUCGUGGAGGCUGUGAAACAGAUGAGGUGA